GACAGCUGAUCAUCCAAAAGGAAUGAAAUGUGAGGUUGUGGAUUGCCACAAACGGUGUAUUGUCGCAAAAUCUCGUGCUCCAAAUCGGCUACAAUAAUGCACAGAGUAAUCACUUACAACAAUUCGAAGAGACGUGUUUGGAUAAAAUGUCACUCACUAGUGCUUCCGAGUGUUACACAUUAUGUAAUAAAGAGUACAUGAAGAAAAAAGACACUCCACAGACAGCCCCAUCGUUGUCCAAAUUUGGUGUUCUUGGGGUUUUUGUGUCUGGAGUAACUGUAGCUGUCAUUGCCAUUUCAUUUUCGGCAUAUCUACAGUACAACAAGCAUGAUUUUCCAGAUGACGAGCCAAGAAAAGCAUUCACCCCACUGCCCUCCCAAAGCUUCCUCAACAUCAACGAGGACAGUACGAUCGGUCUACCCCUGGAGCGAGCUGGUCUUCAGGCCAUGGAAAUACCGGACGAUACAGCCUGCAUAUCAGAAGCAAUAACGUCCCUCCAACUAGCCCUGGAGAUGAAGCUCUCAGGGAAGAAAAAAAAAGCGAUAAAGCUGUUCCAACACGCAGUAGCCCUAGCCCCACAGCACCCAGAUGUCUUGAAUCAUUAUGGAGAAUUCCUGGAGCACACUCAGAAUGACGUGAUCAGGGCCAAUGAAUUCUACGUGCGCGCCCUGACGUACGAGCCCAACCACGAGAGUGCGAUGAUGAAUAGGCAGAGAACAGCCAGAGUCGUUGAGGAGCUGGACAAACGCAUGCUUAGGAGGAUCGACGAGAAGAGGGACGCACUCUCAGCCAUUCCUGAUCACAAUGGGGCUCUGAUAAGGGCUAAGAAGGAGGCGUAUUUCCAGCAUAUUUAUCAUACCGUUGGUAUUGAGGGGAACACUAUGAAUCUGGCGCAGACCAGGGCCAUUGUGGAGACGAGAACUGCCGUUGCUGGAAAGAGUAUCGACGAACACAAUGAAAUUCUGGGGCUGGAUGCUGCUAUGAAGUACAUUAAUGCUACUUUGGUGAACAGAAUUGGGUCAAUAUCCUUGAAGGACAUAAUGGAAAUUCAUCUGAGAGUUCUGGGGCACGUGGAUCCCAUUGAGGGGGGUCAUUUUAGGAGAACACAAGUUUACGUCGGUGGUCAUAUUCCUCCAGGCCCAGGGGAUAUUCAUUACCUCAUGGAGGAAUUUGCAACUUGGUUGAAUAGUGAAAGAGCUAUUCGAAUGCACCCUGUGAGAUAUGCAGCACUGGCCCACUACAAACUAGUGCACAUCCACCCCUUCUCCGACGGCAACGGGCGGACGUCAAGACUGCUUAUGAACACGAUAUUAAUGCAAGCUGGUUAUCCACCUGUCAUAAUCCACAAGCAGCACCGCCACAAGUACUACGAAUACCUCCAGAUAGCAAACACCGGGGACGUGAGGCCCUUCGUACGGUUCAUCGCCGAAUGCACUGAGCAAACGCUGGACUUAUUCCUGUGGGCGACAACUGAGUUCUCCAAAGAAGUGCCGGCUCUCAGCCAAGACUCCCUCAUGAGAGAUCGCCACAGAACAAUUGUCCUCGAUCCUGAGGGCAGUGGUGACUUUAUCGACGAUUAAAAUCAUAGAAAUCCCUGGAUCCUACUCACUCGCAUUUCUCGUGAUCGAAGAAUUAAAUCGUGGACAUGUGAUAGUAGUUUUUUCCCCGCUGGGGAGUUCUCAGAUGAAAAUUAGCCAAUUUGUAAAUACAAUUAAUUUAAUUAAUUCAAGUUGACGUGGAAAUUGACAUUUUUCUCUAUUUUGUAAUUACUUUUCUUAGGAAACUUUGCAGAAUAUUUGUAUUAAUAUGUUGAUGAAUUGGGGGACUCGGUGUGGAAUGCAUUUGCUUGCUGGUCGAGUUAUUUAUUCCUUUCUCGAUAAUAAAUUAUUCAUACUUUUGAGGAGAUA